AAUUGAGUAGUGACUACAUGGAAGUGAUGGGGAAACGGGUUUUUUUGUGUCUUCAGGAUGUUGACCUCAAAGCAUGUCAGGAAGCUUUGGAUGACUGCUUUCCACAUCAAGGACAUGAUCAACUCAAACAGGAGGAAGACAUAAAUCAAAGCACCUGCAGCCAUGUAGAUUCCCUUCUGUCCUUAGAGGGCUAUUUCCAACUUCUGUCAUCACAGAUGGAAAACAUACUAGAGGCAAGUUUACUGGAAGAUACACAAUUUGCUACUGCUAGUAGAGGCCAAGACCCAUCAUCCUCACACAAUACAAGUGUGACCCGGGCACUUUGCCACUGUUUCAGUCCUCAUGAUGCCACGCUACUAAGAACAGACUACCCCACUCAAACAAAUUCAGAAACAAGACAUUUACAAAGGCAAGAGUCUUUUCCUCAGUCAAGCUCUAAUGUCACAAAUACAGAAUCACUACUUCACGGGUCAAAUUUGACAGGGCUGUUUUCAGCUGCUGACAUUAGAAACCUAAUGGCUUACGAUGAUAAUUUUGAUGAAAAUAAACUCAUGUCUUUGGCUUUGGAGGAAGGCUUUGAUCCUGUACCAGUUUCUCAGCUCUUUGAAGAACCUGGCUCUGAUUUGGGACUGUCUUUGAAUUCAAGUCACAGCAUCGCCCCUUACUCUGUCUGCAGUGAAGGUGCUAUUGGGUACAGCAGCGACGUUAAAUCUGUUUCUUCACAUGGCUUAGGAGCUGUUGGUGGCCAUAGCCAAGAACACAGUAAAUAUGGCUAUGUGGAAUAUCCAGGUAAUUCAGAGUGUUCUAGAGAAACCACGCUUAAGGAGUUUCUUCAUAACCACAGUUACAGUCAGCUGCCAGGUCAAGCAGCAUCCACUCGGGAGCAUCAGCAGCAGACGUGGAUGGAGAAACCAAACAAAGUAAAGGAUAGGUGCCGUAAUUCUACUGAUAAAAACCUCAGCAGCAAUGAACGCCAAGCAAAAGCUCAGAGAAUACCAUUUUCGGUAGAUGAAAUUGUGAGCAUGCCCGUCGACUUGUUCAGCACCAUGCUAGCAAAGAACCAUCUGACAGAUGCUCAGGUAUCGCUUCUACGUGACAUCAGACGAAGAGGAAAGAACAAAGUUGCUGCCCAGAAUUGUCGUAAGCGUAAACUGAAUGCAAUUCUUAACUUGGAAGAAGACAUAUGUAAUCUUCAAACACAAAAGGAGAGCCUUAAAAAGGAGCACUCUCAGUGUAGCAGAUCGAUCAACCAGAUGAAGGAAAAGUUAAACAACUUGUACCAUGACAUUUUCAGUAGAUUGAGGGAUGACCAGGGCAGACCUGUUAACCCAUGCCAGUAUGUCAUGCAUUGCAGUAGCGAUGGCAGUGUUCUCGUAAUGCCUAAAUACUUGGUCCAAUCAGAACAGAAACAAGAUAAUGAAAAUGAGCCUUUUUAUUGA